AUGGAGUUAAAGUUGUAUUAUUUGGUGUUCACAUUUUAUUGGAAGAUGUCGUCAGCAAUCCGAUGUUACGUAUGUGAUCCUGAAGAAACCUAUGAAGGAAUCAAGUUAUGCGAGAAUUUCGACUAUGGUGAUCAGUUCCUACGUGAAUGUGAACAUUCCAACAUGUGCUUUAAACGAGAGACCUCAUUAGACUUAGGAAACGGAGUGACAACCAGAUCCGUAACAAGACGUUGUGCUGCACAAACUCUGAGUGGAGAUCAGGAGAAAGUUAACGGAAAAUGGAGACCUAGGGACACUAUUUACGACGUCUACGCGGAAGGUUGUGCCGAAGACCCGAAUAGCAUAGACAGACCAACGAAGACUGUUAACUGUUACUGCCGCGGGAACCUAUGUAAUAACUCGCUUAGGAAUCAAAUAGGCUUCAUUAUUUUACUACCAAUUUUUUCCUUAAUAAGCUAG